ACCAUUCCUUCUUGCAGACACCGGCCAUUUCUGUUGAAUGCGGUUCCUUUCAGCCUUGGGUGGAUGUCGAUGUUUCUCUUUUUGACUGCUAAUAUCUUCUCUUCAGGAUUUCCUGUCACUGGGGAUUGGUGAGAAGUCAAGUACCUGGCGGUGGGGAAGAGAUCAGCUAUUUGUAAAUUCCCAAGUGGAUACAAUCAGGGACUUGCUUGCGUUUUACAACAAAUUAGCUUUGUCUUUGUGUGUGAGUGCAUCAAAGAAAAGGAAAAUGUUCCAAAUGCACCCAGUUCUCCUCCUCCUAAGCAUUGCUCUGUUUCUGUGCCCUUGUAUUCACCUGGUCUGCUCUGAGAAACAGGUGCUGGUGGGCACAAAUCUACCUGUUGAAGGGUGCAGGGAUGGAGAAUGUAGGGUGAAAGGCACAGAUUGUACCCAUAUCAACAAGAUAUUUCCAGAUGCACCAAGUGGAAUCUAUAUGAUUCAGCCAAUGGGAUCACCUUUUAAGGUAUUCUGUGACAUGCAGGAUGAUGGAGGAUGGACUGUAAUACAAAGCAGAAAUGGUUUAGAUUCCUUGAAUUUUGACAAGCUGUGGAUUGACUACAAGGAGGGUUUUGGACAUCAAAGUUGUGAACACUGGCUGGGACUGGAAAAGAUUUAUGCACUGACAAAUCAAACCAAUAAGAAAUUCAAACUGCGAGUAUUUCUGAAGGACUUCGAAGAUGGGAAUGCAUUAGCAGAAUACUCUGAAUUCUGGAUUGGCAGUGAAAGAGAAUUUUAUAGACUUCACCUGGGGAAUUAUUCAGGAAAUGCAGGAGAUGCAUUCAGAGGAAUUGAACCUUUUGAAGAUGAUCAAGAUGGUUGCAUGUUCAGUACAUAUGACAAAGACAAUGAUCGCUGCUCACCUUGCAUCUUUGGAGAUCUUGCGAUUGAAAGCUGUAGUGAUAUGUUUGGUGGUGGGUGGUGGUUUAACCAGUGUGGAAUGGCAGAUCUGAAUGGCGACUGGCACUCAAAGGAUAACCAUAUUGGCUGGCAGUCUGGAGUUCACUGGAAAACUUGGAAAAAGCUUCCAUAUUCAUUGCAAGCCAGUCGGUUAAAAAUUAGGUCUCUCUAAAUUCUGUAAAACAGGAGACUUCUACUGCAACAAAAAAGUACAUUUAACAUAUCUUUCAAUCGCGUAACCUUUACAUGUUAAAAUUAAUACUGUAUACACUAAGCCGUGUGUCAUUUAAACAGCAAUCCUGAAGCAAACUUCAUUAACAUUUUACUGUUUUAUUGUUGAAACUUCAGAUAACUGGUGUCACCAAAUCUGUGGUAAAUCAGAACCAUCCAACUGGUUUCUGCGUAAUGGUGAUUAAUACUGUUCUUGGUGUUAAACUCAAAAAUAAAAUCAUGAAGUCGUGA